AUGUGGUCACAAAUAUUACUUGAAACACUUCUUCGUAUGCCAUCACCACCAAUCAAUAAACAUAAAGAUCUCACGAUUGAUGAAUUUGAACAGAAUUAUCGAUGUACUGAUGCUAUUACAUGCCUAUCAUCUAAUCAUCCAUCUUUGAUGCAUAUACAAACUCGUAUUUGUCGAGCACACCAAGGUGAUCAUGGACAUGCCAUGGCUUAUUACGAAGCAGCUUUAAUCAUCUACAAAUUAUGGUUGGAUGAAGAUGAUCCAUGGCGAACAUAUUUGAUUGCUAACAUGGCUAGGAGUGCAUUGGAUCUGGGUGAUGAUAAAAAAGCACAUCAAAUUUUAUAA